AAGGCGGUCUGUGCUUUUGACCCGUUGAAUCAUUUGUAGCGAAGAGAGGCGGCACACCGGAAAGCUAACGGGUAGCAGGACUCCAUCGUAAAGAUAAGCUCGACUUCGAGGCCUUGUGUGGCAUAUCGACUUAUAGAUUACAUUUCCAGGACACUGGCAGGAGUCUGCGUAGAGACUUCCGCGGGAACGAGGUCUUGGAAAUACCUGCAGAGGCGGGCGAAGAGAGCCUUUUGGUCCCGCGAAGUCGGCUAACAGAAGCUAACUUGGGGCCUAGCUGCUGCUAACAGUGGAUCUUACUUUCCGUAAGCAAAAGCAAACCAAGGAAUGAGUGAUGAACUCUGUGGUGGUGUCAGAUGGAGGAGGAAACAUAGUGGAGUAUGUCACUGUGGUUGAAGAGUCCCAGCAGCAGCCUGCUGAGGAAGAGGUGGUCCAGCAAGAUGGAGAGGGUGUGAUAAUGGUGGAAGAGGUGGAGGAAGAGGAGGAGGGUGUGGUGCUGCAGGAAGAGGAGGGGUCACCGGCUGUUAUUGUGGAGGAGGUGCCCAGUGCCCAGGUGGAGGAGUGCUACUCGGCCCAAGUCCUGGUGUACGAUGACGGGACGUACCUGAUGCAGGACGUGGCUGAAGAACAAGAGGUGGUGACCGAGGUGGCUGAGUCUGUGGAGAUGUCAGGCCACGACAUGGUGUGUUUUGACAAGACUUUUGAGGCAGCCGAGGCUCUGCUCCACAUGGAAUCUCCUGGUGGCCUUCACAAUGAGCGCAGCACAGCAGAGGAUGUGAUGAUGGAGACCGUAGUGGAAGUAUCUACAGAAUGUGGACCUAUUGAGGAGGACACCUUUCCCAUCCCUCCUGACUGUGAACCUACUGCCAAGAAGAAGAGGGGAGCAGGUGGCCGUAAACCCAAAGCGCAGCAGCCUGCUUCCAACAGCUCCUAUGAUCUGGGGAUCAAGAAGAGGCCAAGGGAAGGAAAAGGAAACACCACGUAUCUGUGGGAGUUCCUGCUGGAGCUGCUGCAGGAUAAAAACACCUGUCCCAGAUACAUCAAGUGGAUGCAGAGAGAGAAGGGCAUCUUUAAACUGGUCGACUCCAAGGCUGUGUCUAGACUGUGGGGGAAGCACAAGAACAAGCCAGACAUGAACUAUGAGACCAUGGGCCGAGCCUUGAGGUAUUACUACCAGCGAGGCAUCCUCGCCAAGGUCGAGGGUCAGCGGCUCGCCUACCAGUUUAAAGAAAUGCCCAAAAACAUCCGUGUGAUCGAGGAUGAGGAAGGAGGCAUGGACAUGAAGAUGGAAGACAGCGAGGUCAUUGUGUCUGGCCAGCACCUGGUUCACCAACAGAGCCCUGCCAGCCUAAGCACCAGCUCCCCUGCUGCCACCCAGCCCCAGCAGACCUACGUCACAGUCAUCCCCAGCAGCGCUGCCACCAGACCCAUCCGAGCAAUGCCAUUGGUCAUGGCCAACUCUCUAGGUCAGGUGACACUAAACUCCUCCAUCCUCACCACCACUGCAGGGGUCCCAGUGACUGUAGCUAAGGCCCUGACCAGUGCCCCGCCAAAACUGGUGAUCCAGGCGCUGCCAACUGUGCUGCCUGCCGGUUCUAAGGCAGGAGAGAAGAUCACCAUCAUCACCAUCCCAGCCAAUCAGCUGGCAGCGCUAAUGCAGACUAACCCAACAGGCCAAGUAACGCAGAUCAUCCAGGCCAAACCCGUCGCCACACAGCUAUCGCAAACCACGAUCAAAUCGGCCACGGUACAGCUAGCACCCGGCCGGACCGCUCCGCAGCUGAUCUUGGCCAAACCGGCUGCAGUUGCCCAGGCUCUACCACAUCUGUCUGUGCAGGUGAGCCAGCCUCACUCUGCCACUCCCAGCAUCUCCACCCAGCACCACGAGCCCCCCUGCAGUCAGCCUGAAGCAGCACAAUCAGAGGCGGUGGAGCCUCCACCCCUCUCGAGCCCGACAGCGGCAGCAGCAGCAGAAGCAUCUUCCUGAAAGGCCAACCUGGGCUGAGCUGGGUGGGGGCUGCUGGAAGUGACUGUGGACACCGCUCAGGAAGUGAAGGACACAUCCCCUCUCCCCAGCUUCAGAUGAGAGCUGCUUCCUGAUUGGCUCUCAUUGUCAUGCUGCCAAAGGCCCACACAGGAUCAAAGGGACAAUUGUGUGCAAACUCACACACACACACACACACACAGUUCCCUCAGCGCUCAAGCAACAUGAGCAGCCUUAGAUUGUAAAUGGAAAUCUGUCUUUUUGUAAUCAUACUAUAAAGCCUGAAAAAACUUUGUUGUAAACAGAAGUGUAAAAACAACCUUUUUGAUACUCGGCAGGUAAGUGUCGAUGCAGAUGUAGUUUCAAUGCUCUACUUCAGUCUUCUGUAUUUUCCCAGAGAUUCCUGUUGGUCCCACAGACUGUAGGAGACGUGAACGUAGCUGCUGGUUCCUCUGCUUCAGCUGUAAUGCCUUGAGCUGCUUGAUUUCAGCGGCGCUUCAACACCAACCAUUACGAGUGACUAACUGAGAACACUAUGCAAAGCCUAGAGUAGACGGCUAUUUCACUCUGAACAGACAGUUACAGAGAAGAGACUAAAAUCAAAUGAAACCCAUCAGAAAAAUGUUCACUCAAAACAAAAAUCAAGUCAGGAAAUGAUUUUCACUUCAUUUUACAGUCAGACUUUGUCCCCUGCUGGCCAUGAGAAGGAACACAGGUUUGUGGGACUUCUUCAGAUUUUCUAAUAUUACAUGCAGAGGCUACAUCCAUCUUCUACAGUCUUUGGUUUCUUCUCAGCACUGUCACAGUCUCCCAAUACUUCUCUUUUUUACUGUUCCUGAAAAGGGAAUCAAUAGGAUGUCUGCAUCCAUGUUCAAAGGUAAAUAUGCCCCACAUUUGAAGUAUAAUAUACUAUUUUUUUCUUGUACUAUCAGUGUAUUGAAGUAGAUUUUACUGAAAUAUGUAUUAUAAAAAAUACAAAUGUGAAUGAAAA